AUGACGGACGCAAAUGACAAAGACCUCCAUCUUCGACGAGAGCGCGGCCGCAAAGCCCAAGCCGCUUUCCGGAAGCGAAAAGCCCAGCAAACACAGCAAUUAGCAGAGGAAAACUACCAGCUCGUACAAGGGAUCAAUCACAUCAUCGGGACUAUUCACGGCGAUGAACGGCCUGAGUUGCUAGCCGCCAUCAGCAACGUAUCAGAUUUCGCACAGCUAACAUCAACGCCUACACCACAACCGCCUACAGAUACAAAAUAUCACAACAGAAACUCACUUCCUUCUGCAUCCUUUAUAUCCGCAACACCAGACCGCCUCACCAAUAUAUGGCUCAACCCCCUCCAAUACAGCAGAAUAUCCCUUCCCCCCACCGACAUAAUCGCCUACCUGGGCACCAAGUCAAAAACCUUAGCCGGCAGCCUCUUCUGGUCGAUGCUGGAACACAGCCAAACAACCUGCACGCGAGACCAUGCCUCCCCGGCAGUCCUCAUCCGACGAGGACUAUCGCACUCAAAGUCCAUAAGCGAGAUAGACACCUCGUUUAUACAGGCCAUGAUCAGCGCAAGAGUAGAGUAUAAGCACAAGGGGUCAAUCUCACCGAAAUAUGCGCCAGCCGCGGAAGCCGAUCUCCCAAUUGUGGUGCAUAAGCGUGUAGAGCUUGACUAUCGGGAGAUGGGCAAGGAUCCCGACUCGUGGUUGUCAUGUUUAGGGAUACAAGAGCGCUUGAGACGGGUAGCGGGGGAAUCGGCUUUGAGAGUCGCUGAGGCUGCUGCGUUGGGUGAAGGGGAAGACGGCUUGGUUGGCGUGAUGGAUCGUGCCAAGUGUAGGCUUUAUGAUACGGCUGUUUGUUUUGGGGAUGGGCCGAGGUGGGAUGCUGGAGUUGUGGAUGGGAUAUUGGUUGAGGUGUUGGGGGGUUUGGUGAGGUAUGUCUUUGGAAACCAUUUGUAG